AUGGGCUUCAUUCAACGCAUUACAAAACGGCUGCCCAGCGCGGCGAGCCUUCCCAUCGAUGAUGCCCCCCGCGAAAAAGGCCACACCUCCCGGUUUGCCUUCUUCCGCCGGCGCAUUCGGUUGAAGGGUAAUUCGUCGAUUUCUAUACCCCUGGGAUUUGUCUUACUAUUUCCUUGCCUUGUAAUUGUCUUCAUUUUACUUCUUUUCGUCCGACAUCCUUCGUCUCCCGGGGGCAUCCUAAUUCCAGCGGGCACGCCACCCUCUAUUCGAAAAAUCAGCGAAAAGUAUGACAAAGUCUUCGCCACGGGCUGUCUGCCUGUGGACCAGGCCCGAAUCGACAAGGAGCCUCGCGCCAACGCGGCCUUCGUCGUUUUGGCGCGGAACAAGGAGUUGGACGGUGUGAUCCAGUCACUCAAGUCGAUUGAGCGCCACUUCAACCGCUGGUACCAUUACCCCUACGUGUUCCUGAAUGAUGGCGACUUCGAUGAGGAUUUCCGGGCCACCGUCAAGAACUACACCAGCGCCGCCGUCGAAUUCGGCAAAAUUGAUAACACCAUGUGGGGUUUCCCCGACUGGGUUGACCACGAGGUCGCCAAGGAAGGUAUUCGGAAACAGGGUGACGCUGCCAUCAUGUACGGUGGCAUGGAGAGUUAUCACCACAUGUGCCGGUUCUACUCUGGGCAUUUCUACAAGCACCCCCUUCUGAUGAAGUACGAAUGGUAUUGGCGCCUGGAGCCCGAGAUCAAGUACUUCUGUGACAUCACCUAUGAUCCAUUCAUCAAGAUGGCCGAAGCGAAUAAGACAUACGGCUUUACCAUUGCAGUCAAAGAACUCCGCGAGACCGUCCCCAACAUCUUCCGCUACGCGGCGGCCUACAAGCGCAAGAACAACAUCAAGUCGAAGGGCCUGUGGGAGAUGUUCUUGGAACGCCCCGCGGAGGAUGAGGAGACCCCACCCGAGCCGGAGAAGAAGCAGGAGAAGCUUCCCGACGAGAUCUUGUUGACCGAACCUGGGGACAAAAAUCUCGAUGAUAUUGACCCUGAGGCCAUGGAAGGCGAGAGCUACAAUAUGUGCCAUUUCUGGAGUAACUUCGAGAUUGCGCGCUUGGAUUGGUUCCGCAGCAAGGCUUAUGAGGAUUUCUUCAACAUGAUGGACCGUAGUGGUGGAUUCUGGAACGAGCGAUGGGGUGAUGCUCCUAUCCAUUCCCUCGCCGCCGGUGCUCUCCUCGCCCCCAGCGACAUCCACUACUUCCGCGACUUUGGCUAUCGGCACACUACCAUCCAACAUUGCCCGGCCAACGCCCCCGCCCGGCAACUGCCCCGCGAGCCUUACCUAGAAAAGACCACCGAUGAUGAGAAGAAGCGGAUCGAAGAGGACGAGUACUGGGCUACUCCGGACCCGGUCAAGGAGAACGGUGUCGGCUGCCGAUGCCGCUGCGAUACUGACAUUGUAGACGUUGAGGGCAAGCAAGGCAGCUGUCUUGCCGAAUGGGUUGAGGUGGCUGGCGGUUGGGCCUCACCAUAA